CUCUUCCUUCCCUCUUUGCACCCUUUCUUCUCUUCGUUCCUCCUGUCGAGCCGCCGUGCUCUUCGUUCAGUGUGUAGCAUCAAGCGCCUCGGAUUGAGCUGGUCUCCCCCGUGCUGGAUGAAGCUCUCUCUCUCCACACUGGCCGUGUCGUAACAAUCCCCAAUGAUGGCGAGUGUCAUGCUUGGAUACUCGCCUCGAGCUGCCUGCAUCGGAUUGCGAUUCUCCCACCCGCCAGAACAGUGAGAGUGCCCGAGUUAUGUCGAAGGGCUGCUAUACCUGUCGCCGCCGCCGCAUCAUCUGCGACAACGGUCUCCCAACUUGCCGCAAGUGCCGCGAUGCGGGGAAGGAAUGUCUGGGGUAUCAGAAACCCCUCGUGUGGGUGAAGGGGGGCGUGGCUAGUCGGGGCAAGAUGAUGGGCCGCAGCUUUAACGAUGUUAUGCGGGCUCCAGACAGCAGGCGUGACGACUCGAGCUCCGUCUCCAGCAAUGCGUCGCCGCCGUCGGCUGCCGAUUCGCCCAGUCAGCUCGGCCCCGAUCUGUCCAUCGACAUCAGCCUGUGUGUUCCCCCAAACGUAUCGGGCAUCCAGAGUGUCCUGGAUUCCCCACAUCCGGAGGAUUAUGACAAUCAGGGUACCCUGCAAAGAGCUGCAUCAGUCCCCGCUCCUUGGGGCAUGGUCGAUCCGUUGUUCAAGGACCUGAGUCAGCUGUCGAGAUACUACAUCGUCCAUUUCAACCAGAACCUCGCCAACUACCUUACACUCUACUCCGAUGCCCGGAACCCGUUCCGCGAUCUUAUUCCCCUGGUUGCCGACUCUCCGCUCCUCUCCCACGUCCUCGCUGCCACCGGCGCCUUGCAUUCCGCGAUCCUAGCCAGCGGUGACUUCUCGCUGGCCCCAUGGCUGUCGGAAGGUUCAUCUCCAGCUGGUCCAUCCAUGUCCUCAGAACAGGUUGAGAAGGCCGUGAUCAGUUCCAUGUCUCGGCGCCCGACGUCCAAGGCAUAUGAGCACUUCCUCGGGCUUAAACAGCGCGCACUACAACAACUGUCGAGCGAUAUCCAGGACCUCGUUUUGCGCAACGACAACCGAACUCUCGCGGCGAUCAUGGUUCUGGCUCUCAUGGAUGCUAUCGAAUCAGGAGAUGGGGCUUGGAAAUACCACCUAGAGGGGGCCAAAAAGCUCCUAAAAGGUCGACAAGAACUAAGUACCUUCAACCCGGCUCAACACAUUAUCAAAUGGCUGGAAGAUUUCGCCGUCGACGGCUUUCUCAUCAUCCAACUCAUGGGAUCUACCCUCGCUCGCCCCGGGUCCCUCACCAAACCCUUCUACACCUCCAGCAUGGGCCCCGCCAUGCUCAAACGGCUCGAAGAAACCUCCUGGGUCGGCUGCCCGGCUUAUCUCCUCGAAGUCAUCUUCCUCAUCCACGCGGGACUCUAUUUUGACCCGGACGUCGAUCCAAACACCCAACCUACCAUGAUCUUCUCCUCAGCCUUCCUUCCCAAAAACUCUAAUCCGCUCCAAUCUCCGGGCGCUCUCCUCCAACACAUUCAAGCCUUCGACCCCGCUGCCUGGGCCGAAUCCAUGCAGAGCUGCUGGUACCUCGCGGAUCUCUCUAUGCGCACUGCCCUCGCAGCCGUCUACAAAGGCGCUGUCUACCUCUACGCAAGUCGCGUCCUCUCCCGUCCGCGCCCCGGCGCCGCAACCAUCCCCAACCACUUUGGUCUCACCUCUGACCACGCCAUGGUUGCCGAUCUGACCAUCCGCCAAAUUGCUCUCAUCCCCAUUGCAGACCCCCACUUCAAAUGUCUUAUCUGGCCCACUUUCAUCGCGGGCGCGGAAUGCCGAGACCCCUCCCAGCGGCCAUUCCUCCUGGACAAGCUGCGCGCCUUAUACUAUGACAUCACCAGCGUGAAUGUCCGUAACGCGGCCUGGGUAUUGAGCGUGAUGUGGCAGAAAAAGGAUCAGAAGAAGGCAGAGAAAAGCAUGGCCCAUUCCAACGAGGGACGUCGGUCCUGGGACUCACAUUCCCAGUUUAGCAACACCAAUUGUGACCAAACUUAUGAUAAUGAUGACGAUAACGAUGACGAAGAUGAGUUCGAUUGGAUCCAAGAGUUGGACGAAUCCCGGAUCGACUGGUUAUUCAUAUAGAGACUAUCCCUUUUUUCCGACGGACAUAUAAUUCAUCCCAGUUACAUAUAUUUUAUAGAUAAUGAUUAAUCUUGGGUUUCCUAGAAAUCAUGGCCUUUUUCUCUUUUUCGGUUAUUUUUGGACGUGACUGGAGGUAUUUAUACAUCAGUUCCAGGAGUGACGAUCACAUGACUACUACAGUAUACAAAUCAGUGAUUUGGAUUGGGAAACCUUUCAGGCAGACAGGCAGCACGAAGUAAUGAGCCUGAUGAAUAGAUAGUAGAAUUUUCUUUUUUCCCCCUGGAAUACACCUAUGAGAUACCGUGGAAAGGGAAAGGAAAGCUAUUUGACAGGAACAUGACUGUAUUGGGAAUGGGAUCGGGGGAAGCGGAGAAAAGAAACGCAGGGAAAG